UCAGCGCAGCGUCAGUCAGUGGCCGCGCGUCGCUCGCCUUGCACGCCUCCACACCACGAUGCUCCGAAAAGCUCACUCAUGACUCCAUGGCCGAACGGCUCACACGUGGUGGAGGUCAGCGGUGGUGGACGACACCUAUCCACGCCCGGCCAAGCCAUCAUCACUUGUGUCUACCUCUUCGGUAUCUUCAGCAACAUCUGCUCCUUGGCCCUCAUCAGUCGACGGGAGAUACACAGGAACAGGAGCCACACGCUUAUGUUGCGGUGCCUCGUAUGGAAUGACCUGCUGGCAUUGUUGGGGUCCUGUACGGUGAUGUACAUUCAGUUGUACCUGCCACGCAGGUAUGGUUUCCAGAAAUGCAUCUGUGCCAUGAGAGUCCUGCUGAGGAACUUUGGGCUCUGUUCUGGAUGCGUGGCUGUGGUCAUGGCGGUGGAGCGUUGGUUGGCGCUCACCCGGCCGUUUGUGUAUCAGAAGCACGUGACGUACACCCGCAUCCGGAACGCCAUCUUCACCCUAUGGAUGGUGGUCAUAGUGGUGGUGAGCCUCCCCUUCGUGGGCAUGGGGACCUACUACGACAGCCCAGCCGAUGCUGCUGCUGCCGGAGACAGCGUUCGUUGCACUCGUUAUCGGUUUGCCGUCGGCCAACGGGAUGUGGCCUACGCGUACCUCAUGUUUUCAAUGGGCGUCCUCCUGUGUGCCGUCAUCGUGGCCUGCAACAUGGCCGUCGUUCGGGUCCUCUGCAGACUGGGUCCGGGCCGGCCGGAACGACCUACGAGGACCAUCGUACACAAGGACAGUCGGGAGCUCACCUUCAACGCUACCACGCCUGAUGAGCUUUCUUUUGCCAAGCUCAUGAUAAUCCUCUGUCUUUUCUUCGUGGCUUGCUGGCUGCCACAGAUGCUGACCAUUGUAGUUGCCCAGGUGAAUCCUGCAAUCCGGAAUCACGUGUUCUACUACUUGGCUGACGCUUGUAUGGCACUAAACUUCACCUUGGACCCAGUGCUGUACGUGUUGUCGCGCCGUCAGCACCGCCGUGGCCUGCGACGUCUCUUUAGUUCCUGCUUUCCUUGUUGCUGGAUGCAAGGCCGCGGCUCUGCACGCUCCAUGAGGAUAGAAACAAAGAUUUCCCGAGAAGGCACAUGCCACAGUGAACCCAACCAUACGUCAAAGUCUUCUUUUGGCAUUCCUGUGAUAACUCGCCUAUCUACGCUUCGUCGUACUUUGAGUGCUCCACCCGAUUACAAGUGUACUGCUAUCUAAGCAGUACCCACGAAAAAGGCAACACUGAGACCACAAUCACCUGUUUCUCAUCAUGUCCUUCAUGGCACUCAACACAUGUGACGAUGCGGACUGGCUCCUAUUGCCCCGUCUGUUCUGCACGGGUCUUCAUCGACGUAUCGUUCUUGUAACAUGUGUGUGACAAAUGUAUAUGACAAUGCAUGCAGUGUGGAGGAACCAAUCGCAAGUUCUUGGCAAGAAAACAGGGCAAGUGAUGUGGUCUCCCAACUUCAGGCUGGCACUGCAAACUGUACUGCGAGGAGGUACAUUUCACUGAGAACUAAAGCUUAGCGUGCAGGCCAUAUGAAUGUACAGCAUUAUUACUCGUUUGAAUGUAGUUCAACGUGACUGGGUGGUCACAGAAGAGCGGAAAAAGAAAUGUUGAUUAUUAUUGUCCUCAACAACAACACAAGAGAACGUUGACCAGCAGUGCCCAAAGAUACCAAGAAACAUUGCCUCUUCAUGCAAGGAACAUUACCUCUGCCAUUCUCUGCCAAGAAGCAUACCUCGCAAAUAAAGUAGGCAUUGGAA